UUCUGUCACCUUCCCAAAGCUUGAGACGUGCGUGCGUCCUGGGGGCCACCAGGGCGGGGAGAACAGCAUUCAUUUGCUGAGCCAGGGGCGUGGGAGCUGCAGCCUGCAGGACCCCAGAGGCUUCCCUGCUGCGCGGAGUCACAUCCAUGCUCCCCUGAUCUCCAGCUGCUAAGCUAUCCUGUGCUGGGGACCCUGCACUCUGGCUGUACACUCCUCAAAUCCACCGCAGGGUGCGUAGAAGUUUCCCUGAGCUUUCAAGUUGAGGAUUUUUCAGCCUAAAACCUGAAAAUGCUGCUGAUUUUGUUCCUGGUGAUGAUUUGUUUCCAUGUGUGUGUGAAUCAAGAUUCUGGUCCUGAAUAUGCAGAUGUGGUAUUUCUGGUGGACAGUUCAGAUCACCUAGGGAUUAAGUCCUUUCCUCUUGUGAAAACUUUCAUCCACAAGAUGAUCAGCAGCCUCCCCAUAGAGGCCAACAAGUACCGCGUGGCCCUGGCCCAGUACAGUGAUGCUCUCCACAGUGAGUUCCAGCUGGGCACCUUCAAGAACAGGAACCCCAUGCUGAACCACCUGAAGAAGAACUUUGGGUUCAUCGGUGGGUCCCUGAAGAUAGGGAAUGCCCUGAAGGAGGCACACAGGACCUAUUUCUCUGCUCCCACAAAUGGAAGAGACAAGAAACAGUUCCCUCCAAUCCUGGUGGUGCUGGCUUCAGCAGAGUCUGAGGAUGAUGUGGAAGAGGCUUCAAAGGCCCUGCGGGAAGAUGGGGUGAAAAUCAUCUCUGUGGGGGUACAGAAGGCUUCUGAGGAAAACCUGAAGGCCAUGGCCACCUCUCAGUUCCAUUUCAACCUCAGGACUGCCAGAGACCUCAGCAUGUUUGCCCCAAACAUGACACAGAUCAUCAAGGAUGUGACUCAGUACAGGGAAGGAAUGGCUGAUGACAUUAUUGUAGAAACUUGCCAAGGCCCUUCUGUGGCUGAUGUGGUGUUCCUGUUGGAUAUGGCCAUCAAUGGCAGCCAAGAGGACCUAGAUCAUCUUAAAGCAUUCCUGGGGGAAAGUGUCUCUGCCCUUGACAUAAAGGAAAAUUGCAUGAGGGUUGGCUUGGUGGCCUACAGCAACGAGACAAGGGUGAUCAGUUCUCUGAGCACCGGUAUCAACAAGACGGAAGUCUUGCAGCGCAUACAGGAUCUGUCUCCUCAUGUAGGGCAGGCCUAUACUGGAGCUGCCCUCAGAAAGGCUAGAAAGGAACUCUUCAGUGCACAGAGGGGCAGCCGGAAGAACCAAGGAGUGCCUCAGAUUGCUGUGCUGGUAACCCACAGAGCUUCAGAAGACAACGUGACCAAGGCAGCUGUCAACCUCCGGCGGGAGGGAGUGACCAUCUUUACCAUGGGCAUAGAGGGGGCUAACCCAGACCAGCUGGAGAAGAUCGCAUCCUACCCUGCUGAGCAGUUCACCUCUAAACUGAACAACUUCUCUGAGCUGGCCACCCACAACCAGACCUUCCUGAAGAAGCUGCGGAACCAAAUCACACACACGGUCUCUGUCUUCUCAGAACGGACUGAGGCCCUCAAAUCUGCCUGCGUGGACACAGAGGAAGCUGAUCUCUAUCUGCUCAUUGACGGUUCAGGGAACACCCAGCCCACAGAUUUCCAUGAAAUGAAGACCUUCCUGUCAGAGGUGGUGGGCAUGUUCAACAUUGCUCCCCACAAGGUGCGAGUAGGGGCUGUGCAGUACGCUGACAGCUGGGACUUGGAAUUUGAGAUCUCUAAGUAUACUAACAAGCCUGACUUGGGGAAGGCCAUCGAGAACAUCAGGCAGAUGGGUGGGAAUACCAACACGGGUGCAGCCCUGAACUUCACACUGAAGCUGUUGCAAAAAGCAAAGAAGGAGCGAGGAAGCAAAGUGCCAUGUCACCUGGUGGUUCUGACAAACGGCAUGUCCCAGGACAGCGUCCUGGAGCCUGCACAUAAGCUGAGAGAGGAAAACAUCCGAGUGUAUGCGAUUGGCGUCAAGGAAGCCAACCAAACACAGCUGCUGGAGAUAGCGGGAGAGGAAAAGCGAGUUUACUACGUCCAUGAGUUCGAUGCCUUGAGGGACAUAAGGAACCAGGUGGUUCAGGAAAUCUGUGCUGAAGAAGCCUGCAGAGACAUGAAAGCGGACAUCAUGUUUCUGGUGGACAGUUCUGGCAGCAUCGGACUUGAAAACUUCAGCAAGAUGAAGAUGUUUAUGAAGAACCUGGUGAGCAAAUCCCAGAUCGGGGCUGACCGGGUGCAAAUUGGCGUGGUCCAGUUCAGCCAUGAAAACAAGGAGGAGUUUCAGCUCAACACAUUCAUGUCUCAAAGUGCCAUAGCCAACGCCAUUGACCAAAUGACUCACAUUGGAGAAACAACCUUGACAGGCAGUGCCCUGACCUUUGUGUCUCAGUACUUCAGUCCCGACAAGGGGGCUCGGCCCAAUGUCAGGAAGUUCCUCAUUCUUAUCACGGAUGGAGAGGCUCAGGACAUAGUAAGGGACCCAGCAGUAGCCCUUCGCCAAGAAGGUGUGAUUAUCUAUUCCGUGGGAGUAUUUGGCUCCAAUGUCACCCAGCUGGAGGAGAUCAGUGGGAAGCCAGAGAUGGUUUUCUAUGUUGAGAAUUUUGACAUUCUGCAGCAUAUUGAAGAUGAUCUUGUUCUGGGAAUCUGCAGUCCCCGUGAAGAAUGCAAGCGGAUUGAAGUUUUGGAUGUGGUGUUUGUCAUCGAUAGCUCCGGCAGCAUUGACUAUCAGGAGUAUAACAUCAUGAAGGACUUCAUGAUUGGCUUGGUGAAAAAAGCUGAUGUGGGCAAGAAUCAGGUCCGGUUUGGAGCUCUGAAGUAUGCUGAUGACCCAGAAGUGCUGUUUUACCUAGAUGAACUAGGCACAAAGCUGGAGGUGAUUUCAGUGCUCCAGAAUGACCAUCCUAUAGGUGGAAAUACUUACACUGCUGAGGCCCUGGCCUUCUCCGAUCACAUGUUCACCGAAGCCCGGGGCAGCCGUCUGCACAAGGGAGUCCCCCAAGUCCUCAUUGUGAUUACCGAUGGAGAGUCCCAUGAUGCAGAGAAGCUCAAUGCCACCGCCAAGGCCCUGAGGGACAAAGGCAUUCUUGUCCUGGCUGUGGGGAUUGCCGGUGCCAAUAGCUGGGAGCUCUUGGCCAUGGCAGGGUCGAGUGACAAGUACUACUUUGUCGAGACAUUUGGAGGCCUGCAGGGGAUAUUUUCUGAUGUGUCAGCCAGUGUCUGUAACUCUUCAAAAGUCGAUUGUGAAAUUGAAAAGGUUGACCUUGUAUUCCUCAUGGACGGUUCAAACAGCAUCCAUCCGGAUGACUUUCAGAAGAUGAAGGAGUUUUUGGCAUCAGUCGUUCAAGACUUCGAUGUCAGCCUCAACAGAGUCCGUGUAGGAGUGGCACAGUUCAGCGACAGCUACAGGUCAGAGUUUCUGCUGGGGACGUUCACAGGGGAGAGGGAGAUAUCCACACGGAUUGAGGGCAUCCAGCAGAUCUUUGGAUACACCCACAUCGGAGACGCCCUCAGGAAGGUGAAACAUUACUUUCAGCCAGACACAGGCAGCAGGAUCAACGCAGGUACCCCUCAGGUGCUGCUGGUCCUUACAGAUGGCCGGUCCCAAGACGAGGUAGCUCAGGCUGCUGAGGAGCUGAGACACAAAGGUGUGGACAUCUAUUCAGUGGGUAUCGGGGAUGUGGACGACCAGCAGCUGAUCCAGAUCACGGGGACAGCGGAGAAAAAAUUGACAGUGAAUAACUUCGACGAGCUAAAAAAGGUGAAGAAAAGGAUCGUUCGUAACAUCUGUACCUCAAGUGGUGAGAGCAAUUGUUUUGUGGAUGUUGUGGUUGGAUUUGAUAUCUCAAGUCAGCAGAGAGGGCAGACUUUGCUCGAAGGUCAGCCUUGGAUGGGAACCUACCUUCAAGAUCUCUUACGUGCCAUCAGCUCCCUCAAUGGGGUAAGCUGUGAGGUGGGCACAGAGACUCAGGUGAGCAUAGCUUUUCAAGUGACGAAUGCUAUGGAAAGAUACCCAUCCAAGUUUGAGAUCUACAGUGAGAACAUACUGAACAGCCUGCAGGGUGUGACAGUGAACGGCCCAUCUCGCCUCAACACAAACCUGCUGAGUUCUCUGUGGGAUACAUUUCAGAAUAAGUCCGCUGCUCGAGGGAAGGUGGUCCUUCUAUUUUCAGAUGGACUGGAUGAUGGCGUUGAGAAACUUGAACAGAAGUCUGAUGAACUCAGAAAGGAAGGCCUGAACGCCCUCAUAACCAUUGCUGUGGAUGGAGCCGCCGAUUCCAGUGACCUGGCCGACCUUCUCUUCAUUGAAUUUGGGAAAGGAUUUGAGUACAGAACACAGUUCACAAUUGGAAUGAGGGAUCUUGGGAGUCAGCUGUCAAAGCAACUAAUCAACGUUGCAGAAAGGACCUGCUGCUGUCUGCUCUGCAAGUGCACAGGAGGGGAUGGCGCCAUGGGGGAUCCAGGCUCAGCAGGAAAAAAGGGACCCCCAGGAUUCAAAGGCAGUGAAGGCUACCUGGGAGAAGAGGGCAUUGCUGGAGAAAGAGGAGCCUCUGGACCAAUGGGAGAGCAAGGUACGAAGGGAUGCCUCGGAGCCAAAGGGCCUAAGGGAGCCAGAGGACUCGGUGGAGAAGAGGGUGAAGUUGGGGAAGAUGGGCUUGACGGACUAGAUGGAGAACAGGGUGACAGUGGGAUUCCUGGAAGAAGAGGAGAACGGGGUGAUGAGGGAUCUCAGGGAAGCCCAGGCAAGAGGGGGGCUUCUGGUGACCGUGGAGCAAAGGGCCUGCGAGGAGAUCCGGGAACCCCUGGACGUGAUAGUAGCAUACAAGGACCCAAGGGCUUGAAAGGCGACUUUGGAAGACAAGGCAGAAGAGGCUGGCCAGGCUCUCCUGGAACACCAGGCUCAAGAAAAAAGAAGGUAGUUCAUGGCCGAAGAGGACAUACAGGCCCACAGGGUUAUCCAGGCAUCACAGGCCCAGAUGGACUUGAAGGUUCACCAGGACUUAAGGGGCCACAGGGUCCAAGAGGAGAGGUCGGUGAGAAAGGAGAAAAAGGAGACCUGGGAAUGAAAGGUCCCCAGGGGCCUCCAGGACCCGAAGGACAAGCUGGGAACCAAGGCCAUUGGGGAAGCCAGGGAAACAAAGGAGAACCUGGAGACCUGGGGGAAAAGGGAACUGCUGGUUUUCCAGGUCCUCGGGGCCUGCAGGGUGACGACGGCAGCCCAGGGUAUGGUAGCAUUGGCCGCAAAGGGACAAAGGGGCAAGAAGGAUUCCCCGGAGAGAGUGGACCGAAGGGUGAUAUGGGGGAUCCUGGUGAUCCAGGAGAGACUGGUCCCAAGGGAGUCAGAGGCAAAACGGUAUCUGCUGGGAUUCCAGGAGAGCCAGGAUCCCCUGGGGAGCCAGGACCCCCUGGACGGAAGGGCAUGAAAGGGGCCCGAGGACUGGCUUCAUUUUCCACAUGUGACCUCAUUCAGUAUGUGCGGGACCACAGUCCUGGCAGACAUGAAAAACCUGAGUGCCCAGUGCAUCCAACUGAGUUGGUGUUUGUCCUGGACCAGUCCCGGGAUGUCACAGAGCAGGACUUUGAACGGAUGAAGGAGAUGAUGGUCUCCCUAGUUAGGGAUGUCAAAGUUAGGGAGGCCAGCUGCCCCGUGGGUGCCCGAGUUGCUAUCUUAGCCUACAACUCCCACACCAGGUACCUCAUCCGCUUCUCGGAUGCCUACAGGAAGGACCAGCUGCUCAGGGAAAUUAAAGCUCUCCCUUAUGAGAGAUCCUCUGACAGCAGGGAGAUUGGCAAAGCCAUGAGGUUCAUCUCCAGGAACGUCUUCAAGAGAACCCUUCCAGGAGCUCAUGUGAGAAGAAUCGCCACGUUUUUUAGCAAUGGUCAGUCGGCCGAUGCCCAGACCAUUACCACAGCUGCCAUGGAGUUCAGUGCCCUGGACAUUGUCCCGGUGGUGAUUGCAUUUCGAAACGUGCCCUCAGUCAAGCGUGCCUUUUCGAUUGAUGACACUGGCACGUUCCAAGUCAUUGUGGUUCCUUCCGGGUCUGACGAAGUGCCAGCAUUAGAGAGACUCCAGCGGUGCACUUUCUGCUAUGACCUAUGCAAGCCAGAUGCUUCUUGCGACCAAGCCAAACCACCCCCCAUUCAGUCCUACCUGGAUGCUGCAUUCCUGCUAGAUGGCUCUCGGCACAUGGGAAGUGCAGAAUUUGAAGACAUGAGAGACUUCCUGGAGGCACUGCUAGAUCACUUUGAAAUCACUUCAGAGCCAGAGACAUCUGUCACUGGAGACAGGGUGGCCCUACUGAGCCAUGCUCCCCUCGGCUUCCUACCCAACACCCAGAGGAGUCCGGUUAGAAGUGAGUUCAACCUAACCACCUAUAGCAGUAAGCGCCUCAUGAAGAGACACGUGGGGCAAGCAGUCCAGCAGCUGAAUGGAGAUGCUUUCCUCGGUCACGCCCUCAGGUGGGCACUGGACAAUGUCUUUUUAAACACACCCAAUUUGAGAAGAAACAAAGUCAUAUUUGUGAUAUCUGCUGGGGAAACCAGCCUCCUGGAUGCGGAGACCUUAAAAAAAGAGUCUCUACGAGCCAAAUGUCAUGGGUACGCUCUCUUUGUGUUUUCCUUGGGCCCUGACUGGAAUGACAAAGAACUGGAAGACCUGCCCAGCCACCCUGUAGACCAGCACUUGAUCCAGCUUGGCCGAAUUCAUAAACCUGACCACGGAUACAGUGUAAAGUUUGUGAAGUCCUUCAUAAGCUCCAUCAGGCAUGGGAUAAACAAGUAUCCACCAGUCAACUUCAAAGCCCAGUGCAACAGACUCCGCUCUACGGAUCUGAAGCCGCCCCCACGCCAAUUUCGAAGCUUUGUUCCGGGACCACAGAAAGCUAUCCUCAAAGACCACGCACCAGAGGCAGCAAAGCUCUUUCAAGAUAAAAAACGCCUUUCAAGUAUCCUGAGAGGCGGCAGAGCUGCUAUUUCAAGUCUUUCCAGAAGCACACACUAUACCUUUAAACAGGGGAAAGAAGCAAUGAAAGCUACUUCCAAACUCAGUAAACGAAGUGACUGAACAAGUUAGCCAUGGCUAGACUCUUGACUUAGCACCAGAUCCACCCCUGAACUCAGAGCUCUUAACUGGGCUGUUCACCA